AUGGCAAACGGUGAAAAGAGGAUGAUUCCAGAAGACAGAAUGGAAAGAAAGAAAGUUUCUAAACGACGGCAAACUGGCACAACUGCUAAAGAUGAUAUUGAGUUAUUUCAAUCACCACCUAGUUCGCCGCUGCUUACCCCAAAGUCGUCGCAUUUAACAUCAUCUUUAGAGGCACCAUCUCAAUUACAAACACCUUUAUCAUCUCCUCCAUCUUCACGUCCUCCCUCACCUAACCCUGUCGAUGUACCUUAUCUUACACCUUUGCCAACUUCACGUCCUCCCACGCCAAUUUCUAUUAAAGAAAUAAGUAAUACUAAUGUCACUAUUAUAACCAUAGUCACAAAUGAUCAUAGCUUAAUAGAUGAUGAAUUUAUUACUCAGGAUUCGAUAUUUCAACAACAGAAUAGAAAGAAAACUUCUCAUUUACCAUUGAAAGUGGUUAAUAGUUCCAUACCUCCAUGUGCUCGAUGUCCUACCGAAUUAAUAUAUCACGUCUUCGAAAUAUUGCGUACCUUACAUCAACCAUCACUUUUUUCUUGCAUUCUAGUAAAUCAUCAAUGGAAUGCCAUAGGAACAAACUUUUCUCAACAACAAUCAACUGUUGUUCAUCCCUAUGCGUCUUAUAUUCGUACAUUGGAUUUAACGUAUUUAACGGAGCAUGAUCGUAAUAAUGCAUCACUUUCAUCUCAUCUUCUACGUUUAUUACCAUUAAUUCAUACAGAAAACCUUCAUACACUUAAUUUAAGUUUUGUUAAAGGCAUCACUAAUGGUUAUUUAACUAAAUUAUUAUCACCAUUUUUCAAUAAUGUACGUACAUUAAACCUUGCAGGUGGAAGUAGAUCUGACACUUGUUUAUCAUCUAUUAUACCAAAUUGUGGUAAAGUACAGAACCUUUCACUUGCAUGGAAUACUUCAUUAUCUGAUGCGUCAAUUAACAAAAUUGCUACGAUAUGUGGAGAUAGAUUACGUACUCUUGAUUUAACAAAUUGUGAGAAAGUAAGUGAUAGAUCGAUGCAUUCAAUUUCACGAUAUUGUUUAAAGUUAAGAGAAUUAAGAGUAAGUUAUUGUCGUGGUGUGAGUGAGGAAGGUGUGAGAGAUGUUAUUGAAGCAUGUGAAGGUCUUAAAUUAUUAGAUCUAGUUGGUUGUUUAGGUGUUGAUAAAUGUUUUUUAUUAAAAUGUAAUGAUGAAUUUGGUUUAGCAAAAAGAGAAUUAAAAGUUAUUUGGAGAAGGUUUACCGAUGUUAAUAAUACUUGGACCGAUGAGAAUUAA